AUUGUGUCGUAUAUUUCAACUUAAAUAACGGCACAGUUGAAGGCGAUAGUACAAGGUUCCUGCUGGAAAAAUGAAUAUUUUAAAAAGUGGUCACCGUACCCGGCUUUAUCAAAGCAUGAACAGCAUUGGCGACGACUGCAAUGAGCUAAAAAAGCAAUACGAUGCAUGCUUCAAUAACUGGUUUUCCGAACGUUUCCUUAAAGGAGAAACCGAUGAUUCCGUGUGUGCGCCCAUUUUCAAGGUUUAUCAGGAGUGCGUAAAGCGUGCCAUGCGUGAGCAGAAAAUUGAAUUACGCGAAAUUGAAACGGAUUACAGCACUGGCACCGAAUACGACAACAACAACACGCAGAGUGGGAGCAAAAACCAAAGCGGCCAAAGCAAAAGUUGACCUCAAUUAGCCGAUUCAAAGCCUUGCCAUGGUGAUACGAUCAAAACGGAUUCAGAGCAAAACAUAUUGAACAGCCGCGAGGCGCCUGAUAGGAGUAAGGACGCAUUCCCUUGGAAGCACAAACGCAGCUCCACAGUCUAAAUGUAUAAGUAGCUCGUGGCAGUAACGCCUUUUCAAUUGGCGCAGAAUGUAAAUUAAACGUUUUAAAUUAAAUUUAUGUUAAGUUCAAACAAUGCCAGAAUUAUUUAAAGUUCAAAGUUUGUAAAUAUGUAUGUGUGUUUUAAUAA